CGGGAGCGCGGAAAAGAUGGCGGACACCGAGGGCGCCGUGGGGAAGCGGCCCCGGGGAGCGCAGGUCGAGGACAGGAAGGUGGACUGGCGGCGCUGGAAGGAGGAGAGGAAAGCGGAGAAGAAGAAGUGGAAGGAGAUGAAGCUGCUGAAGAAGCUGGAGAAGCAGCGGGUGCGGGAGCUGGCAGAACAGGAGGCCAAGAAGAAGGAGGAGCAGAAGGAAGACAGAGGCCGUCACCACACGCUGAGCGUGGCCCUGCCGGGCUCCAUCCUGAACAACGCGCAGUCCCCGGAGCUGCGCACGUACCUGGCGGGGCAGAUCGGCCGUGCCUGCACCAUCUUCGGCGUGGACGAGAUCGUGGUGUUCGAUGAGCAGGGAGAGGACGUGAAGAGCGUGGAGGGAGACUUUAAAGGAAUUGGGAAGAAAGGCAAGGCUUGUGUGCAGCUGGCUCGGGUCCUGCAGUACUUGGAGUGCCCUCAGUACUUGAGGAAAACCUUUUUUCCGAAACAUGAGGAUCUGCAGUUUGCAGGGCUCCUCAACCCCCUGGACAGCCCCCACCACAUGCGGGUGGAUGAGGACUCGGAAUACCGGGAGGGCGUCGUGCUGGACCGGCCCUUGAAGCCAGGCAGAGGUUCUUUUGUUAACUGUGGGAUGAGGAAGGAGGUGCAGAUUGACAAGCAGCUGAACCCUGGUCUGAGAGUCACCGUGCGCCUGGAGGAGCCCCAGAAUCCAGAAGCCAAAGUGCACAAAGGCACCGUGGUGUCCUCGCAGCACCCGCGCACGGUGUCGGGCCUGUACUGGGGGUACAGCGUCCGCCUGGCCUCCUGCCUCAGUGCUGUGUUUUCCGAGUGCCCGUUCAAGGAAGGCUACGAUCUCUCCAUUGGGACCUCAGAGCGGGGCAGCUCCGUGGACCAGGUCACCCUCCCCUCCUUCAGGCACGCCCUUAUCGUGUUCGGAGGCCUUGAAGGCUUGGAAGCCGGGGUUGAUGUGGAUCCAAACCUGGAGGUCACUGACCCAAGCGCCUUGUUUGACUUCUACCUGAACACCUGCCCUGGCCAGGGCAGCAGGACCAUCCGCACAGAGGAAGCGCUGCUGAUCUCCCUGUCCGCGCUCAGACCCCACAUCCAAGAAGCUGUGAAGACACCAGGGCCAGCUGAGGGGAAGGGAAACCACUGACCUUGGCAGGCACUGAGGACUCAGGAGGUGGCUCUUCGAACAGGGGGUGCUGGGCAGGUCACUCCGAGCGCCUGGCGGGGCUGAGGCUCAGCGUGACCAAAGCUGGCAGCGCUGCCCAGCCAGGAAUUCAGCUGCUGCUGGGAGCAAGUCUGUGCCCUCCUGCCUGCAUGGCCCUGGCAG